CCGCUUCCUCCGCCGCCGGCCAUGGGGCGCGGGGCUCAGCCCGGCCCCUGAGCGCGACGCCUCUCCCCCCGCUCCGGGCUGCUGCCGCCUCCCGCCCGCCGCCACCUGCCUCUCCCUCCCUGCGCCGCUGCCGACCUGAGGCCCUGGGCAUCGGCUUCUCUUCGCGCUGCAGCCCGACCGAAAUGGAGCCGUCCGCGGGAAGCCGCCGGCAGUGAUCCCCGCUCUCCCACCGACCCACUGGCCGCCCCCUCGGUGUCCGCGCUCGCUCCGAUGGAGCUGGAGGAGACGCCGCUCGCCCCUCCGAAGACCAUGCUGCUUAUGCUGAGGAAAGUUCGCAAGAGGCGGGAGAUGCUGCUGCAGCAGCUGGGCUUCAUCUGCGCCAUCCUCUUCUUCGCCUGGUGCAUGUCCAGCCUGCUCUCCAGAGCGGGCCAAGAAUCAGCUGUUCCAGACAGAGGCAUUGUAUCAGGAAUGUGGAGAAAUAGAAGGUUGAUGGCAUCACCUAAUGGGACACAUGAAGAGAACUGUACAGAGCCAGCCAUUAAUGAGUUUCCUGAAGAUAUAUUUACAAAUAAAGAACGUCAGCAAGGAGGAAUUCUGCUUCAUAUCAUUGCUGCUCUUUAUAUGUUUUAUGCUUUGGCCAUAGUAUGUGAUGACUUCUUCGUUCCAUCCUUAGAGAAAAUUUGUGAGAAACUACAUUUGAGUGAAGAUGUUGCUGGAGCCACAUUCAUGGCAGCAGGGAGCUCCACCCCAGAACUGUUUGCAUCUGUUAUAGGUGUAUUUAUCACUCAUGGAGAUGUAGGAGUUGGGACCAUUGUUGGUUCAGCAGUUUUCAACAUCCUCUGCAUUGUUGGUGUCUGUGGACUGUUUGCAGGACAGGUGGUUUGUCUCACCCAGUGGGCCGUGUUCCGGGAUUCUGUAUACUACACAAUAUCUGUGAUCAUACUUAUUGUUUUCAUAUAUGAUGAGAAAAUAGAAUGGUGGGAAAGCCUUGUACUCAUCAUUAUGUAUUCAUUCUACAUACUUAUCAUGAAGUACAACAUGAGGAUGCAAAAUUUCUUCACCCUUAAAAGCAAGAAUGUUGGAAAUGGUGACACAGUCAACAAUGAGCUGGAAGAUGUGAAGGGGAUACAGCAGUAUGGCAAAAACAGUGUUGUGAUGGUGGAUGAGAUCAUCUGCUCCAGUCCUCCCAAGUACCGGUUCCCUGAAGCCGGAUUACGGAUUAUGAUUACGAAUAAAUUCGGACCACGCACCAGAAUGCGGAUGGCAAGCCGACUCAUCAUUAACGAGCGUCAGCGGCUAAUCCAGUCUGCCAAUGGCUCAAGCAAAGCACUUCAGAACAGGAGACAGGAAAAUAUCGAAAAUGGAAACAUCCCUGUGGGAAACCAAGUGGAGGAAAACGAACAGGACAGUCUAACUCCAUUUUCAGUGCCAGAUGGAAAAAUGAACAAAGUUAAAUGGCUUUUGACAUGGCCAUUGAUAUUCGUGCUCUUUACCACAAUUCCAAACUGCAGCAAGCCACGCUGGGAGAAGUGCUUUAUGCUGACCUUCAUCUUGUCCACUCUCUGGAUUGCCUUGUUCUCCUACUUCAUGGUGUGGAUGGUGACUGUGAUUGGAUACACCCUUGGGAUACCAGAUGUGAUCAUGGGCAUUACUUUCCUGGCUGCAGGAACAAGCGUCCCAGACUGCAUGGCCAGCUUAAUAGUGGCAAGACAAGGCCUUGGUGACAUGGCAGUAUCCAAUACAGUAGGGAGCAAUGUCUUUGAUAUUCUGGUGGGACUUGGUGUUCCAUGGGGUUUGCAGACCAUGGCAAUCGAUUAUGGAUCAACUGUUAAAAUAAACAGCAAAGGAUUGGUUUAUUCAGUUGCACUUUUGCUAGGAUCAGUGGCACUUACUGUGUUUGGAAUCCAUAUAAAUAAGUGGAAACUUGACAGGAAGUUAGGCAUCUACGUGUUGCUUCUAUAUGCUAUUUUCCUGUGUUUAUCUAUAAUGAUAGAGUUCAAUGUCUUCACCUUUGUCAACUUCCCUAUGUGCCGAGAAGAACUUUAAGCCACAGCAAGGAGAGAGACUGAAAUUCUUCUGAUUGCACAUGAUGUAAAUGACAGGAGGCAUUUCACAUUUCUACCUUCUUUCCAUCAGUAAUUUGAGUGUCAUUCCUGCUUAAUCAGCUAAUGAGCACUUUUACCUAUAUGGAAGGAAAGCAUACCUUUCUUUCAACAUGCUAGCUGAAGGCUACCAAAGCAUUUUCCUCAUCUUUGGAUAUUGCUGCCCUGUCAUAAAGCUACAUGGAUCUUACACAGAACUCUAGAAGGACCCAUUUCUGGGCAUUCUGUUGUGGUUUUCAUUCUCCUUUUGCAGACAAUCAACCACCACCAUCAAGGUUAGCAAGAGGAUGGGAGAAAAAAAUCUUUAUAGAUCUUUUGGUUUUGACAUUUACUUUCCAUGGAAGGAUUAGCGGCAAGUUCAGAACCUUUCUUGGCUCAGUCAGAAUAUUUGAACUACGGGACCAGAAAGUCCAAGACACAUAUCCAUGGCAUGCACUGUUGAGGAUCAUUUCCCCCUUCAAGUGCUCUGCUUAUAGAGAAGCUGCACUGACAGUUUUUGAUGGCAGUGUUGGAUAUUUAUCACUCUGUUCAAUGAGCAAUGUGGCAGAGAAAGAAGAGGAAAUGGUUGUAUGUUGUAUCACUUGUGAUGAUGCACACUAGAAGUCAGAGUAACUGCAUACCGAAGAGAAUUUACAUGCAGAAAUUCAUACUUGAAAAAUGUUUUAUUGUUUAUGAGGAAUGCUGUAUACAUAGAUAUAAACUGACAUUUGUGGAAUAUUACACCACAAGAAAAACUUUGCAUUGGCCAUUGUAAGCCCAUUGUGUAAAUUUAGAAGAAACUAAAGAAAUAAAAUAUAACUGGGUGCUCAGUAACUAUUAGUUAUUGUUAUCAGCUGGGAGUAGUAGCUGAACAUAAUCCAGACUUUUUGACAACAAAACCCACUCUGAUUAUGAUUUGGUUUGAUUCAGUUUGAUUGGUGGGAGGAAGAAGCUUAUUUCAUCAGUCAAGAAGCUGGUGUAUUCUUCACCAUUUUUUCUUAUUCCCAGAAGCUUAAUGAAGAUGAAUGUCUGACACGGAGCAGUGCAGAUAAGAGCCACCCUGACAAAAGCAAGUCUGUCAAGAGAAUAUGGUCCUUGAUUUGAUUGCAUGCAGGUUUUGAAGCAUGAUAUACUUCUUUUUAACCCCAAGUAGAAGCCAAGUUUUGGUAUCCUUUCUACCAGCAUAAAUCUGAUGGAAGGAAUUACUCUGGGAAUAAUUGACAGCUAGAUCCAGCCCAGAGUAUUAAAACAGCAAGUAACAUUCCGCAUUUUAGCAGUGAUAUAAUUGUAAAUCACUGAGACAGCAUAUUUUGAAUUGCUACUAAACUUUAAAAAUAUUUUGAAGCUGUAUGUGAAUGAUCACAUAAAGUUUCUAAAGAAGCACAGUCACCUUUAUAUGUAGAUUUUUAAAAUUUUUUAAUGUUUAUAAGCCAAACCAAACGUAUCAACUAACGGUUGAUGUGUUUUUAAAUAUAUUAAUAUUUUCCAUUAAGACUAUAUAUAAAAAAUUGUGUCAAUGAGAAUAUACUAUAAAAACUAAGCAAAUAAGCACUUACUCAGAAAGUUCCUUCUUUUGACCUAUAUGAAAAUCAUUAUGUUUAGCCAUCUGACAUGCAGAAUACUGUUUACACCAGGCAAUGAGUUUACAAUUAAAACUAUUUUAAAAAUUAUUUUAGGAUAAAUUAAAGAGUGUAUGUGUUGGUGGUGUAUUUUUUAAGAAUUGGGUCCAUUCAAUGUGAUCCUAAAGAGAAAAAGAGCAACACAUUUACUUGCUUUACAUUUUGUUACAAAUGUCAGUAUUAGUAUCCAUUUAGGGUUUCUUACCUUAAUUAAAUAGUUGUGUCGUUAAACUAAGAACUAAAGAUGGACACAAAUACAGCAUUAAUAAAAUGCUUAAUUGAAUAGGCAAGAAUGGCAUUAAACACUUUUUAUCUCAAGUAUGCCAAUGACCCCAUUUCCAGGCAUUCACAACAUUUUUGUUGCAGUAUAAAGCUGAGGAGAUGGAAUUCGUGUUCAUCUUUGAGUCUUCUGUUGCUGAAAGGCUGUGAAAAUGCAGGAUACUGCUGCAUCACUGUAGGAAUAGCCCUCUCUAGUCUUACUCCUCCCCCUGCUGUCUUUCAGGAGGACGGUUUACUGCUGAAAAUCUGGUGAUGGCUUAGAUAUGGGACUGAAAUGAGCAGAGAAACAGACUGAGUGUAUGGGUUUUUUCCCUAUAUUCUGUUUUUGUGGUCUUGGAGAACUGUAUCCAAGCAAAGAUUUGCUCUCCUGUGCACAGUUCAGGCAGCUCAGUUGUCUUUACAUAAUAGAAGGGUACUUCCAAAGUCCGGUUUUGAAUGUGUAGUGAUCAGCUGAGUUGACAGGGAUGAGGGCAUCAAAGUUUAUAGGGACAGAUCUAGAAAAUUACACUGUACCUUCAUAUUUCUGAGCCAGCCAACUUUAGAAGAGUAUGGACACCAUUUUUUUCUGUAGCAGCCGACUCUCAGCGCAAAUAUACAUGAACUUUGUUUGCUAAUUCCGUAAGUCCUUCACACAUUUACAAUUACUCUGCCUAAUCUGAACAACACCUGCUCCAGAAAACCAGUGCUGUGUUUUGGCAAGAAAGAGUCUCAGCAUCCAGAACGACCACAGCCAAUGUGUGGCUGGUUCCUAUCAUCUACAGCUCUCCCUGAAAUAUAAACUCACUUCAGGACAAUUUAUAUUGAAUUCUAAUGCUGCAUUCCAUUGGGUGUUCUCAUCUGCAUCUGUUGCUAUGAGACAAGUAUCAUGCCAUGCUUAUCAUUAUGAAUAACAUUAGUGGGAUUCUCCUUUGACACCACCACAUGACCAAGGAUGUAUUGUUUGCCAAAGAAUUAUGAGAUGCUGUGUCAGAGAUUUGAUGACAAAUAAUCAUAUGAAGUACUUGAAGAAGCUGAGUAGUCCUUGCCCAUAUGCUAAAAUAAAUAGUUAUACACUAAGCUGUGCAGGUAAACUGAAUGGUCCAAGAAAGAUCUGAUUGACAAAUUGUUGGAUUGCAGGUAAACCCACAUCAGAAUGUAUCAGUAAUUCAGGAGGCUGUUGCCGAGUAAUAACAGACUAGUGCCUUUCAAAUGUAUUAAAAAACCCCAAGCAAACAACAAAAAAACAUUAGCUUUUGUGGUCAGGAAACCAUUGAAAAUUUGCCAUUUUCUAGUCAAGAAAAGGAGUGAUUUGUGCUUGACUCUCCCCUGUUAGCACAGUUCUAUACUGCAGCUGUUCAGAUUGUAUUUAUAAAAUUUUGUAGCCAUUUUGUUUCAUUAACUGUUGCAAAAGUUAGCUGGCUGAGUUUGGAAUGUAUGUCACAAUGUUCCGUAAGUUAAUGUUCAGCUCAAGAGUGAAAAGAAAGCUGGUGGAUGUGAGAGAGAAAACUGUUAGUGUGAUCUGAAAUUUGCCGGCAUACUAACACUGAAAAGUAACACAACUCAGAAAAAGAUAUCCCAUAUCCAGCAAAGCUUAACUUCAGUAGGUUUGAUUCCAUUUUAAAGCUAAGCAUCUAUCCAAGUGCCUUGCUGGAUUGUGUCCUAAGAUGACAGUGGAGCAUGGUUUCUAGGCUUUUUAUCAUACUCAGUUCUUUCCAUGUUCUAUUGGUUUUGUAGUCUAAAGAUUUUACUUCUUAAAUUAAAAGGUUUGACCAGAAUCUGUGGACUUGUGCUCUGCUGAUACCAUUUUGAAUUUCCACUCUUGUAAACAAGAGAACUUGUUCCUUGUCUCAGACUUCUCAGUUGUGUAUCUGCCCUUAUGUAUCAGCAGGAUCAAAACUGAGGUACAGCUGGCCAAGGAGGGCUUUUAGCAGCUCUUUUGUGCUGCAGUUGCCCUGGGGUAGCACAGUCACCCAUGGACCCAUGGAGUGUAAUCAUGUCUGUAGCAAGGAACUGGGAGUGUUUCCAUUGAGUUCAGCGUGUUUGAUUCCAUUUCUUUACCAUAACAAUUGUACUGCAUUAUAAAGUAUUGCUUGAGUAAAGAUUUCAAGCUCAGGAUCUGCACAUCUAAAUCUAAGAAGCUGCAGAUGUAGUUAUCUUAAUGUCUCUUUGAUGGUCUAAGGGCUUCUCUCUGGGCUGAAGUCUAGCCUAGAAGAACACCUUAAGUCUUCCCAGGUACAGGUACAGCAUAGUCAACCAUCUUUCUCCUGGCUCAGUCUUCGGUGUGCCAAUUUUAUUUUGUUUUUAUGUGCUUGCUGCAGCUGUAACAGACAAAGUUAGCUUCUGGUUUUAGAUUAUAUUUGUAAACUUUCUGUCAACAUGUAAACAAAUUGUCAAAGUCUACUAAUUUAAUACUUAGCAAUUAUAGAGAAGAUUCUCUUCUGUCUUUUAUUUCCCGUGUGACUCUGCUUUAAUUACACUUGUUUCUAUUAUGCGUUUGCUCUAGUUGCACAAAUGCCUCAUGAGUUUUGUUGUCUUCCUUUCUUGGAUUUCUUGCAAUUGUUAUGCUAUUUUCUUGUGUCCCACUGUUAGUUGGUUUUGGUAGAGUUCUUUAAGCUGUAGAAAUACUGUCUGAUUAUUCAUGCCAAGGAAAGAUCAGACAUUAUGUAAUAUGAAACAGACACUAAAAUAACUCUGAUCGCCAGGUGAAACCAAAGAAUCUUCCUAAUUGAAGUAUAUCACCUUGGAGCAUAAUGUUCUGUCAUUGCAAGCCUCAGAUCUCUCUGUUAUUUGUGUUUAAACAUUCAGAAGAAAAUUUCUGCAGCUCAUGCAUUUGCUGCACAAUUUUCUUUCUAUUUCCAUGAGUUUGCCACAUUUUUCAUUUUGUUGGUGGUGAGAUUUAUGUGAUCAUUACACAGGUAAAUGACAGAGUUUAGUUCCAGCAAUUCUGUACCAAACCCGUUAUUAUUCCCUUGAACCAUUUGGAAAAGUCUGUAUGCAAGUGAUCAAUGUCCUGCUGAAGAAGAGAAUAUUCAACUGAUGUAUGCAUUCCAGUUUCUGACCUACCAUAUACAUGUUUAAAAACCUCCUUUUGAAUAACUUGAGCACACACUUUUCUCACAUUUCCCCAUGUGUGAGGUCCUGAUGGUUUUUCCCCAGGGAAGUCUGUGAAAUCCUGUACAUGCCUCUCCUGGCAGAUGAGAUUUGUGUAGCUGUAUCUUCAAAGGCCAAGAUGGGUAGUGACCAUAGCAAUUCACUCAUCACUGCUUGCUACCAUACAGUGCACUGUCUGAAAGAAAUUAAUAAUUAUGGGAAAUUACCGCCAUUUGGGUAUUUUCUUAGAAGAAUUGUGAGUUGGAAUUUAGUCUUAUUUUUCUUUUUCACUUGCACAAAGAAUGUAGGUGAUCAUUGCUGUCCUAUCACUGAGAUGGUCUUGAUAAACUUGAUCGACAAAUAAAGAUUGGUUUAUAGCACUAGGCAUAGUAAUAAAUUCUAAAGGUAUCAGAAUAUCUGAAAAUCAGACAGAUAUAAUCUCUAGAAAUAUUAAUAACAACUGAGAUGCUUCCUUUCAGAGGGUUUCUGCAGAAAGAUUAUGGUCUUUAUUCAUAUACCAGUUAUGUAUGCAAAGAAAACUUGUAAAUCUGCUUCCCCAGCAACAAAUGUGUUUCAAAUUGCUGUUACUGCAGCAAAGUUAUGACCAAAUUCUUCCCUUCACAUUUUUGGGAGUGGUGCCAGUGUUCAUUAAUGUCCUGAUAGUUGGCACAAAUUAGUAUCAGUGGAACUGAGCAUAGAACUUGGCUCAUGGUAUCUCCUCCAUUGCAAGAAAUUCUUUGAAAUCAUUUAUGGUCACUAAAAUAACUUCUGAACCUUUUAAAAACCCAUGUUUCAUACUUGCAGGCAUUUGCAGUGCACCCUUCAGAGGUGCAAUACCUCUUUAAAUAUUAUGAAAACUUUCUAGAACUGCUUACUUUGAAAACAGAAAGGGAUGGGUUUAUAAACUGUAAAUAACAGAAAUCUCUCAUGUUACUUAUUUUUUCAAUGACUGUGACCUUAUGCACUGUGAAUGCUCUGUGAUAUGGGGUCCAUUGUACAGAUAAAUAUGUCAUGAAAUCCAAAUGGAUUUAAUGUGAUAAUUUGUUACAAAAUGGUGGCAUGAUAUUUGAUUAUUUUUGUUGUGAGAAUUUUAAAAAAUAGUUAACUCAGCAUUUAUAAAGAUUAUAGCAGUCAGUAUUAUAAUGCACUAUAUAAAAAUAUGUACACUAUCAAUAAAUUAUAUAAACAAGA